AGAAUAAGAAGAACAACAAAAAAAUCCAGAAGUGUUGAUGACCGUGCGAUUUCAGUGAUUUCAUUCUAAUCUUGCGUUUCAUUUGUGCUAAAUAAUUCGAUUAAAAUGGCGGGUGCAAUGUUAUUUGAACGUGCUGUGUCCAAUACAAACUCCAAAAAUUACAUCAAUGACGAAGAUGAAGGCUUCAAUGAAGAGGAAGACAUCAGAGCCAAGGAGCAAGGCAUCAUCCAACUUGGUGAGCAGUACAAGAAAGAAGGUAAAGCCAAAGAACUUGCUGAUCUUAUCAAGGCAUCCAGACCUUUCCUUUGUCAAAUUAGCAAAGCCAAAGCUGCAAAAUUAAUUAGAUCUCUGGUUGACCUGUUUCUAGACCUUGAAGCAGGCAUUGGGAUUGAGGUCCAACUCUGUAUAGAGUGUAUUGAAUGGGCCAAAGAGGAGAAGCGAACUUUCCUGCGUCAGUCCCUGGAAGCAAGGCUAGUUGCUUUGUACUUUGAUACUGGUAUGCACAAAGAAGCCCUUGCUCUGGGCUCAACGCUUUUGAAAGAACUCAAGAAACUUGAUGACAAAAAUUUGUUAGUGGAGGUACUGUUGCUGGAAAGUAAAACAUAUCAUGCCCUCAGUAAUCUGUCAAAAUCCCGGGCAUCACUCACAUCUGCUCGAACUGCCGCCAAUUCAAUUUACUGCCCUCCUAAAAUGCAAGCAGCUUUAGAUCUCCAAUCCGGCAUAUUGCAUGCUGCUGAUGAACAAGACUUUAAAACGGCAUAUUCUUACUUCUGUGAAGCAUUUGAAGGCUAUGACAGCAUUGAAAGUCCGAAAGCUUUGACAGCCUUGAAGUACAUGCUAUUGUCUAAAAUUAUGUUGAACACUCCAGAAGAUGUGCAACAAAUAAUUAGUGGUAAACUAGCUUUAAAGUAUGCUGGAAACGAUAUUGAAGCUAUGAAAACCGUUGCCCAGGCGAGUCACAAGCGAUCUCUAGCAGAUUUUCAGAAAGCUCUUCAAGACUUCAAAAAAGAACUGGAAGAUGACCCCAUUGUCCGUGCUCACCUUGGAACUCUGUAUGACAACAUGCUCGAACAAAAUCUGUGUCGUAUUAUAGAACCAUAUUCAAGGGUUCAAGUUGAAUAUAUUGCUAACUGCAUCAAGCUUCCAAAAAUUCAGGUUGAGAAGAAACUAUCGCAAAUGAUUCUAGACAAAAAGUUUCAUGGAAUCCUGGAUCAAGGAGAGGAAGUUCUCAUUGUUUUUGAAGAAACACAGGUAGAUAAGACAUAUGAAACCGCCCUUGAAAUCAUUAGCAGUAUGGGCAAGGUUGUAGAUACCCUGUAUCAAAAAGCCAAAAAACUAUCGUAACCUGUUAAUAUUUCUAUGUAAAUUCUAGUGUAUUGAAUUGCGAAUUCAUUGAGUUGUGCAGACAUUUUUUUAUAUUUCCUUUGAUUCUUCUUUCUUUAAGCUUCUGACCGACUAAACCACUAACCAUCAUUUACUCCUUCUUCCGUUUGUUACCGUGCUGAGGAAAUACAAGGAAAGGACGUUUACUACAAUUCAAAGUAUGUCGCAGCAGUCCUACUGGAUUGAGAUUUAUUUUAUUAUCAAUAUUUUUCAUCUCUUUACAAUUUAAAUGACAAUUAUUUCUUGUCUUCUUUGUCAGCAAGUUGAGACGUUUCGAACAAUUUAGUCGGAUAGCGAGAAUGAAUCGUCUAGGAGUCAUUUGGAAAUCAAUCAGCAAUGUUAAUUUAGAGGAUUUUCCCCACCUCCUCCCUAUGCCCUUGCUUUGUAAUGCUAUGUAGCUUCUCCAAUAGCUGUCAAAGAUUUUCAUAGCCUCAAUUUUGCGCGACCUCAUUUUCGCGAAUUAAUAACUAAAGAUCAACUGCUAAGUAACUCAAUCAAAUGUGCCUCUUUUUUUUAUUAUUUUUUAGUACAUACCUUCUGCAAGCGAUGAUUUACUUACUUUGUACUUACAAUAUGCUUUUCAAAUUUUCAGUCAUCUUUGAACACGAUGUCCCUGUUUAAUUUUACAUUUGGCAGAGACGGUUUUGCCUGUUAGUGUUAGUCUAUACUGGUCAGAGAUACACUUGAUACCUUUGUCAAAAUUUACGUCAUUCCACACCCUAUUCGAAAGAUAGUCCCAGCUUGCUUGAAACUUCCAAUGCACUGGAGCUUUUCCACAUGUGAGACCAGGAAAUUGUCUAAAAUCGCAUGAAAAGAGGUACACAUUUUUAUCAGAGCGGUCCAGCAUUUUCAAUGUAACCUACCAUUUUAUAGAAUUAUAUUGAGUUAUACCUACUGCCGUGAUAGCGAAGAGAGCAGUAAGUGCAUGGAUGAACCUUGAGACGCAUAAAAACAUGUGCUAAUCAUGGCUCAUACAUAAAUGCACUUGCUUCUCUCUGUUCGCUAUCACGGCAGCCUAGAUUUUGACACAACAGAUCUGUUAAUUGCUGAUAAUCACUCAUUUUUUCAGUCCAAAUUUUUAGUUUCUAUCACCUGCAGAUUUGUUGGACCCUUCAAAUUAAACUCCCUGAAUUAUGGAUGAGCUAAUUUUUUACGCCAUUGAAUAGUAGAUUAAUUGAUUUAAUAGUCCUAGUUUCAUUAUUAAAAAGAAAUAAAAAAGAGGUAUACUUAGAAAGUAAAAUAAUUUUAUAAUUUCUAGAAAUCAAGGGUACAAGGAGGAAGAAAGAGAAAAAAAGCCAGAAUACUUUUUCAAUCCAAGUUGCCAGUGAGAGUUUUAGAAUAUUCUAACAGCAAAUCAUUGACCUCCGGCACAUAAAUUCAUUGCAUACAUAAGUUUUAAUUUAAUCUCUGUAAUGGAACCCUUUACUAAAUGACCUUUACGUUAGUAAUACGUUCUUCAUUCUUUGAUUAGCUGUAAGUCUAAUUCAAUGUCUCCUAAAACACCACUGUAAAUCUGCUAUCUUGUUCUCAAAGGAGCCUCAGUAUUUUGUUAAUUUUGUUGAAGAACUAUUAAAAUUUCAUGAAAUGGGUUUUUGAUGCAUUGAUUUUAUCUCCAUAAUCUGUAAUAUUUGGCUCAUGUAAAAUGUCUCUCGUUUUAUAUUCAAGCGAGGUAAUCGAUGUGUUUUAUGAAUCUUGUCCAAGUGUGGAACUUCUGAAAUAAAUGCAACAUUUUGUACAUUUUUCGUAAAUUCUUUGUCUGAGAGUCUUAUUUUUUAUUAUGACCUCAUCACUAAUGUUAAUUGAAAUAUUUCAGAUUAGAAUUUUUAACUAACUGA